AUGAGACGACAUUCACUUCUUCUUGGGCUGUUUAUAAUCGUGGAUGUGCUCAUCUCGGUACUCUCUAUGGGAUUUUAUUCCGAUUCAUGGAGCUUCGACUUCGACAUCGUGUUCAAAUACCUUGUAUUCGUUGACGGUUAUGACUAUUUCACUAACCCGAUGGAUUUUGUUUUCUUGUCAAUUCUCCGUCUAACGUUAAUCGUCAUAGCUGUGAUUUUUAUCACCUUCCACUAUGAUUCCUAUCCUAAGGGGAUGUUCAUGCCAAUGCUAGGUGUAGCGACGUCUUGCUAUUCAUAUACACUAGUGAAGCUGCUUGCCUUUUCCGAAAAUAGCCGGAUGCUGCGAUAUCCAGGAGUUUGGCUCUCAGUUGUAUGGUCAAUGUUAGCAGCAUUAUUCUUCUCUCUGAUUUGGUAUUUUGUUAUAACUGCACACGAUUUCGACUAUCAGCUCCUGGUUUCUGAUCGAUUCAAUUCAGUACUAAUAGAAGAGCAGCAAGCAACAACCACGACUGGUUCUAUCGAGACUGCUGUCCAAAGGAGCCCAGAAGGUGACUACACAAUCCAGCACGUUUCUGCGCUUCUCAGGUACUGCCAACAUCAGUGGAUCUGGUUUACUUUCGGUUUUACCUUCCUUGUUAUCUAUGCUGUGGCCCGUGUAUUCAUACCUGCAUAUACUGGUGAAGUGAUUGGAAAUAUAGUGAAGAAGGCUGGAAUAGGGUUGUUAGUACGUUCAAUAACAAUCAUGGGUAUGCUCACAAUGGUAAGUACCAUCUUUGGUGGGUUGCGUGGAGGAUGUUUUGACUACGCAACAGCACUGGUCAACCGACAGAUUCGUCUUGAUUUAUUCCGGUCAUUAGUCAAGCAGGAUGUUGCAUUCUUUGACAUCACCAAGUCAGGUGAGAUGGUCUCUCGUCUGACAUCUGAUUGUCAGACAAUGUCAACAACAGUAUCUACGAAUGUUAACAUUUUUCUUCGUAAUGGAGUAAUGCUUAUCGGUGCUCUGGUGUUUAUGUUUAUAAAUUCAUGGCGUUUAUCAUUGGUCACUUUCAUAGCGAUUCCACUUCUUGGUUUUAUAACGAAAUGGUAUGGAGCGUACUAUGAUAGAUUGUCGGAGGAAACGCAAACAACAAUUGCCCAUUCAAAUCAAAUUGCGGAAGAGGUUUUGUCAACGAUGCGAACAGUGAGGUUGAGAACUUUGCAAUUUUAUAGAGCCAUAGCGUAUAUGGGUUACACUUGGAACAACGAAUUUUGCGAAAACGCGAUUCUCGUUGCUGUAUUGUUCUACGGAGGACACUUGGUUAUGUCAGAUAUGAUGACAGUCGAUGAACUGAUCACUUUCCUUCUCUAUCAGAUGCAGCUGGGAGAGAAUCUAUAUAAUAUUGGAUACGUUGUGACCGGUUUAAUGGAAUGUGUAGGAGCAUCUAGAAAGGUUUUUGAAUACAUGAAUCGCAACCCUCUAAUACCGAAUGACGGCACCAUGGAACCAAAGUUGGGUGGUCGAAUAGAAUUCACUGAUGUGUACUUCACCUAUCCAUCGAGGCCUAAUAAUCCCGUUCUGAAGGGGUUAAACCUCGUAAUAGAAGCUGGGCAAACCACUGCGCUAGUUGGACCGAGCGGAGGAGGCAAAUCCUCAAUUGUAUCACUGAUUCAACACUUUUAUGAACCAAACAGUGGAACAGUUACCAUAGAUGGUGUCAACAUUAGAGAUAUUUCUCACACCUUCUAUCAUCAAAAGAUCUCUUUAGUAGCACAGGAACCAGUGCUCUACAACGGCUCUGUUCGAUAUAAUAUUCUUUAUGGGUGUGAUUGGGCAACGGAAGAGGAUAUGCUUCGUGCUUCCAAAACGGCGAAUGUUCAUGAUUUCAUAAUGGAACUGGAACAAGGUUAUGAUACGAAUUGUGGCGAGAAAGGAGUCCAGAUGUCAGGUGGGCAGAAACAGCGUAUAGCGAUUGCACGUGCGUUGGUACGGAAUCCUGUUGUAUUAAUCCUUGAUGAAGCGACAUCAGCACUAGAUGCUGAGUCCGAGGCACUUGUACAAGAAGCGUUAAACAGAUGUGCCCGAGAGCGCACCGUACUCAUAAUUGCCCAUCGUCUUUCAACAAUUGAGAAGGCUGAUCAAAUUGCAGUCAUUCAUAAAGGAUUGCUGGUGCAGAAAGGGAAUCAUGCAGAGCUGAUGAUGGACCAAAGUGGAUUGUACUAUUCUCUGAUCUCAAAGCAAAUGCUUGCAAUAAAAAUUAAAGAGCAAACUGUGGAAAGCCAUAUUUGA